AAUAGAUUAUCAAAUGAAGAGAGAGGAUGAGGGAAACAAGACAAACCUGAAGGAGGGGCACAGGGAAAGGAAAGGUAUGUGGCUACAUGGGAAUACGGAGAUAGACCGAGUAGGAAAAGAAGGCAAAGAGAUUAAAUAGGCACGGAAAGAAAGAUCAUAAAAGAGGAGAGACUGGUAAAAUAAAAUUUUCUACACCAAUUAAAAGAAAUAGCAAAGGAAUGAAAGGGCGAUCCUGUCAGUACGACUGCUCUGUUAGCGUAACUCUAUCUGCUCUGAGCCGUAACAUACAGUCACUCCAUUCUACACACACACUUCUAAUGAGCACUCCGGGGCUUAUACACAAUACUGAGACUACUGUGAGUUAUUUAAAGAGAAGAGCGAUCAGACAGAAUCAGCUUUGAUCAAGAUUUGUGCUUUGAGGAUUAUUAUCUUGACUUUAAAAAGUAUGAUCUCUUAUGCUAUCUAUUAUCCUUUUUUUUUUACAUAUCAGGUUGAUAUGAUAGGGCAGGUCUUCACCUGGAUGUUUUCUUCUUUAUGUCUUUUGUGUGCUGUUCAUUAGUUCUGUUGCAGUACUUGAUGAAAAGAAGAACGUCUCUCAGGAUAUCCUCAAGAAGAUUCAAAUCUUUGGGAGAAAAUGAUUAAAUUUUAAACACAAUCCUCAUUCCCUUACGCUCAUUCUGAAAAGUUUCCGUUUGGAGAAACAAACUUUUUAUACAUCUGAGUGCAUUCUGGGUGAGAUUCUGAGUCAUAACUGCUGGAUCUACAUUUUAAAAGUCACCUGUUGAACUCAUGUUUCAGAUCCACAAACAUCCUUCUGUGAGAAAUGCACCUGCUCUGUCAUCUGUUGUUCUUCACAGUCACUCUUCACCUCGGUGUCGUCAAGGCUGGAAGAGCAGAGCGUAAACAGAGGCAGGCUGAAGAGAAGCUGAGGCCAUAUUUGGGCAGAGUGGAUCCUGAAUCCCUUUGUCAGUUGUUGAAAUGUCACAGUCCUAUUGGUUCCUGGUGCCAAGUAGUGAAGGAGGGGGCAAUUCUCGCCCCUAAAUGUGUGUGUCCAAAGACCUGCCCACGGCAGGUGGCACCAGUGUGUAGCGUUUUGGGGAAGACGUACAGCAAUGAGUGUCUUCUUCACAAGGAGGCCUGCCGCAAAAAACGACGCAUCGGCAAGGCACAUAGUGGAGCCUGUAUUGUGAGCAAGGCUGAGUGCUCUGAGGAAGAGUUCGGUCAGUUCCCGUACCGUCUGCUGGACUGGUUCCUACUCCUCAGCAGAAUGGGAGAGAGAUACACACCAGCCGCUCCCUCACAAAGCUGCCUCACACACACACAGCGAACCCAGCUUGCAGAGAGGAGGUUUGUUCUGCUGGAUCGUAAAAGGGACGGGAAGUUAAACAGGAGAGAUCUGAGAAAGCUCCACUACAAGCGGAUGCCACUGGAGCACUGCGCUCAAAGAUUCUUCCAGUCAUGUGACAAGAACAAGAAUAAGAAGGUGACCCUGAGGGAGUGGACAUCCUGUCUGGUUGACCGGUCAGAACGCUGGUUUCAGGAUUUCAUGUCCGUGAAGAUGGGCUCACCAAAGCUGUGUCCUGUCCCAGACAACAACCUGUAAAUUUUGGAUGCUUUAUCCAGGUGGAAUCAUAUUUUAAACCUUAUAAUAUACCUAGAAGUAAUAAUAUUUUAUAACUGGAGACAGCUAGCCAUUUGCAUUCUUGUUGGAUUAGAAAUACAGCAAAUAGGGGUAAUGUGAAAUAUUCUUAGAAUUUAAAAUAACUAUUUUCUAUUUGAAAAUAUGUUAUAAAGUGUAAUUUAUUCCUGUGAUGUCAAAGCUGAUUUUUCAGCAGCCAUUACAUGAUCCUUUGGAAAUUAUUCUAAUAUGCUGAUUUACUACAUAAGAAACAUUUCUUAUUGUUAUCAUAAGAAUAAAAACUGUUGCUAUGAUUAAUAUUUUAAG